UCUGUUAUUUCUAAAACUAUACACUCUUUAUUCUAUUUUUUGAAUGAAAGUAUCUUCGUAAACACACAAAAUAUUUUGUGACAUUGCAAUUAUACAUACACACAAUAUAUGUCUCUUCAUACUAACGUUACUGUGUUCCCUCUCGUGAAGUGCGGAUCGAGAGGGAACACAGAGUGCGGGCCGGUCAUAUAACUUUCAGUCUGUGAAGAAGGUAUUUUUGAAUAUUUUAAAUAUUAAAAAAUUCAAACAUGUUUAUUAAUAUUAUUUUUAAAUUAUUAUCGUUGUUUAAAGAAUAAAUUUAUCAUCAUAUUAAAAUAAUUAACAGAAUGUUAUAAAUUAUUAAUAAAAUUAAAUUUACUUUAUAUUGAAUAUUUGUUUAUGUUAAAUAUUUUUUUGAAUUUCUUUUUGAUUUAUAUUUUCCAUCGACACUACUAAAAAGGAAAGCCCUCUAAAUACUUACCUUAUUUUGUAAUUUCGAUAUAUCCUUUAAUUCAUCGAUCCCACUAUAAUAGGAAAGUACCAUUGAAUACUAAUUGCAAGGGAAAACAUAAUUUAAUGACCAAUUAACAUCACUUUCCAAAUGACUUACAUAAUAUUAUUAAUAACUAUUUAUGGUAACUAAUUGUCGAAAGUAUGGUAUAUAAAUCCAUUCUAUUAAUUCAAAUAAAUAUUUUGGAUUCCAAAUGACUUACAUAAUAUUAUUAAUAACUAUUUAUGGUAACUAAUUGUCGAAAGUAUGGUAUAUAAAGUCAUUUUAUCAAUUCAAGUAAAUAUUUUGGUUUAUUAUUUUAUGUAGUCUACAGAUAUAUUAGAAUAUAAAGUCAUUUUAUCAAAUCAAAUAAUUUAUUUUAAUUCAUCGAUCCCCUAUAAAAGGAAAGUAACAUUGAAUACUGAUUGAAAAGGAAAAAAUAAUUAAUCCCUCUAUUAACAUUACUUGCGCAAUAAUAUUAGUUAAUACAUGUAAUAAUUAGUUUCCUUAUUACAAAUGGAAAGAAUUCUCUUGAUUUUGUUGAUUGAUUUUUUAGAAUUUCUUUUUCGAUUUAUUUUAAUCAUCGACACUACUAAAAAUGAAAUCACUUUAAUACUUAACUUUUGUUUUUUGUCGAUUCAAAGAACAUCUUUUUGCGAUCAUUUCUCUGUUUAAUUCAUUAAAUACCCACUAAAUAUUUUAGAUGUUAGAGAAACGAAAUUAAUUGACAAGAUAUUUUCUCUCCUAAAAUCAUGCAUUUAAAACUUAAUAUUUAUGGUGAGACUUGUCAACCAAAAUUCUGGUGCAAUCUAUUCACGAGAUGUUCUCCUUUAACUUUAUUAACAAGAUAUUCCAAAAAUAAUAUUACCUUAUAAGUAUAAGAUUUAUUGAGAAUUUAUUAAAGAAUAUUCUAUUUCUUAGCUUAUCAUGCAAGCUAAAUCAAUGAGAAAUGUCUACCAAUUUACUAUAAAUAAGACAUUCACAGUAGAAUAAAAGAAAUAAUUGAACUUUGUAUUCUGAACUUUUAAUGUUAAUAAUGUUCUGAACUUUUUUUUUUCUUCUUAUUUUAGAACAUUAAGCUUUUAUAUUUCAUGAGAGCUGAUUUUUCUUUUGGUUUAUAUGCAGAUACCCUAUUAUGACGAUUUCUCCACUGAAGCUAUAUAUGAUUUGAUUGUACACCUCUUUGAUAUAUCAUUUCGAUAACAUCUUUGUUCCUCAAUCUGAGAUGAUUUGAGAGAAGUGGUCAUAUUUCAGACCUCUAAGAGUUCACCAUUCCGAUCCUGCAAAAGAUGUGCAUUUAGAAUGGUAUUUUCUCUACUGUACAUCAAAAUUGGAUAAUCAAUUAUAUUUUUAAAAUAUCUAUAGUAGGAUGGUAUUUUCUCUACUGAAAUAAUAUCUUAUUUCCUAAUUUCAUGCUUUAAUAUUUAAACUUUAAGGACAAGAUUUGUUAAUUAAAUCAUUAGUGUAAACUACUCCCGAGAUAUUCUCUUUUUUAUAUUUAAAAUGUAAUUUUAGUAACAAUAACAUCCAAAAAAAUACCUCGAUUGAGGAACGUGGUAGACAAAAUACAUGUAAGCAGAAGAGCUUGGUAGAUAUAAUUUUUUGCAGGUUUCUAAUUGAAUUUGCUUUCUUUAUCGAGAAAUGUACUUCAUAAUUUAUAUUAUUUAUGGAUAAUAUUUUGAUUUUUAUUAUAUUUUCUUUUAAUAUGUCUACAUAAAUGUUUGUUUAUUAUUUAUAGAAAAAUAAUAUUAUUCACCGAAAAUAAAAAAUUACGACACAUAUACAAUACAAUUUUAAUUAAUGAUAAUAUAAAAUCUGUUAUUUCUAAAACUAUACACUCUUUAUUCUAUUUUUUGAAUGAAAGUAUCUUCGUAAACACACAAAAUAUUUUGUGACAUUGCAAUUAUACAUACACACAAUAUAUGCCUCUUCAUACUAACGUUACUGUGUUUCCUCUCGUGAAGUGCGGAUCGAGAGGGAACACAGAGUGCGGGCCGGUCAUGUUCUUAUGCCCGCACAGGGUGCGGGCCGGUCACCUAGUAAAUAGUUAAAUCUAAUGAAAUGGUCCAACAACCUUGUUUAAGUAGAUUUUUUAGGAAUGAUUCCCUUUUAAUAGUAUAGAUACUUAACCUUUAUUACAAUAGUAUUUAUCAAACUUACUCGUAAGUACCAUCCACGCAAUGCAAGUCGUGACCGACGUAAUUUUGGUUUAUGUCGGUUUAGGCGCACGACUCGCAGAAAUUAGGGGUUUUGAAGUAAUGUAAGGGCUAGGAGCCUAGGACGAGUGCACUUGGCCCUUCUUCUUGAGGCGAAGGAAAAUUUAUUUUAAGGAUAGUGAGAGAAAUCUUCAUUGUCUUUGUUUUCUCUUCAUCGUCUAUUACUAUGGCUGGCCAAGGGACGAUUUACUCGUGAGUUUCCGAUUUUCCAGUUAUCGAAUAGUGAUGUUUUGAAGAUUAUAACCUUCAUGAGACUAGGGAAUUGUUGAAUAAGAUUAAAGGGUUUUUUUUUCUCUUGUACAACUUUUUGAAUGUGAUCCAGUUUUCUUUAAAAAUCAGAUAGUAUAGGGACUGAAAUAUUCUAGGGUUUUUAAGUAUGCAUUCGAUAUUAUAUUCCUUUGGACACCGAGUUUUAAUAGAGAACUGUUAUAACGUAGUUCUUACCAAAAAAAAUUGUUAAAACGUAGUAAGAUCUUACAACACUUAUGCAAUCUUUGAUCGUAGUGUAUUUUUGGGUUCACAAUCUCUGAAUAUUUUCGGUUUUAUAGUACAUGUGAUGUUUAUACGGUUCUUCUGUUAAGCACUAAAGAUUAUAUUCUUGAGAACUGAAUAUUACCAUAUAUCUCUGAUGCAUCUCAUUGUUACUCGUGGUCGUGUCCAAACACUCACUUUGAGAUGAAUUCAAAUUGCAUAGAUAUGUUUAAUUUGAUGCCUUAUAACUCAUAAAAAAAAAAUCAAAAAUUGAUUUAUCUAUAUUAUAGGUCGAUCGUAGAUGUCAAAGGAAAAGGUUUCCUGGAUAACAAGAAUCGGAGCAAAGAAGCUGAGAAGCCAAGUUUCGCUGACCUUCCACUAUGCCUCUUGGAAGUAAUAAUAUCUCAACUUGUUUUAAAAGAUAACAUUCGAGCUUCAGCUGUCUGCAGAACAUGGCGUGAAGCCGGUCUAUAUGUUCGGUUGGUAGACAAGCCUCCUUGGCUUAUGUACUUACCUAAACGUGGAAACUUGUUCGAACUCUAUGAUCCAUUGCAGCAGAAGAUGUACACACUUAAUUUACCAGAGCUAGCGAAAUCCACGGUGUGUUACUCAAGAGACGGAUGGUUGCUUAUGCGCAAAACUGCUUCAAACAAAAUGUUCUUCUUCAACCCAUUUACUCGUAAGCUCAUAAACUUGCCAAACUGUGAGUUAUCAUAUGAUGCGAUUGCUUUCUCCUGUGCGCCUACAUCUGGUACUUGCGUGCUAUUAGCGUUUAAGCAUGCUCGGUUUGGUAUCACCACUACGAGCACCUGUUAUCCCGGGGCAACAGAGUGGAUUACGGAGGAUUUACAUUUCACUCUUUCUUUUGGCAACGAUGAGCUCAAGCACAGCAAUGUUGUCUAUGCCAUACGUCGCUUCCAUUGCCUUGAUGGUAAUGGAAGCUUAUAUAACUUUGAACCCUCAACUCGUGUGUGGAGGUAUGAAAUGGUAUUACUACCGGAUUGUCCUUAUAUCUCAUAUAGAUUUAGGUACGAGUAUGGGCGUAAGAAGAAGAGAAUUUUCUUGGCGGUGCGAAAGGGAGACUUCUUUAAAAUAAUUACAUGCGGAGGUGAGAAACCGAUAGUGUAUAAACUAGACUCUAUACAGUGGAAAGAGAUCAAUAGUACAACACUCGAGGGCUUUACAAUCUUUACGAGUCUUUAUUCAUCUGAGAUGAGAGUCAAUCUCCCAUGGAUGAGGAAUAGUGUUUACUUCCCAAAGCUUCGUUUUAGUUGCAAGUGUUGUGUAUCGUAUUCGUUUGAUGAAGAAAGGUAUUAUCCGCGUAAGCAGUGGCAAGAACAGGAGGAUUUAUGUCCUCUUGAGAAUCUUUGGAUUAGGCCGCCCAAGAGAGCAUUAGACUACAUGUGCAGCUUAAGCAAUUGCAAAACUUGACGAGAACUUCUCUCCUUAUGGUGGAUAUUGAUUAAGAUCAUCACAUUUAUCCUAUGACUUGACUCUUUUUAUUUUAAAUUUAGUUACGUACCUAAA